AUGAAGUUCUUGUGUUGCGCUUUGCUUUUGGUAGCCACAACAUGCCUGACCCAGGCGGCCGUGAGACGCAGGGAUGUGGAGAAUGCCGGCCAGCCGCGAUACCGUCUGUUGAAGCAGCCCAGCCAGGGGCUGGAGGGCCGGAGUCUUAGCCAGCUGCUGGCCCUGAAGGGCGGCUCUUCGCCAUGUACCACUUCUCCAGGCACGACAACCACCACUAUUGGGCCAACGGGGCCAACAACAACCACGGGCACUACUUCUACCUCUACAGUACCAACCACCAGUGGUACUGGUUCUACUACCAGUGGGACUGGGAGCACGAGCACUGCUCGUGCCUUUGCGGAUUCGCCCCACGACGCUGCCCAGGAGGAUGACGACAACAACGACGACGACAGCGAGGACGAGAAGUAUGUGGGCGCCUACAGGGCCAGUGCCAGCGCCGGCGCCGACUCCGAUGAGGACGAUCUGGACGAUCUGGCCAACGAGGAGGAUGGCUUCGGUCCGGUGGUCGGCUACCAGUUCAAUCGCGCCAACUCUGGCCUCCGUCGCGGCAGCAGCAGCCAGUCUGGCUCCAGCUCCGGCUCCCAGGUAUCCAACAGCGCCGUCCUGAAGGAGUUCGAGCUGCGCCGCCAGCAGGACGAGAACAAAGCGCUGCGCCAGCGCUUGAAGGCAAUGCGCAGGCGCAACGCCCUGAACCGUCGCCGCAGCCAGGCCAAGCGUCGCAACAUGCGUCGCCGCCUCAACCAGAAGCGCCGCACUCAGGCCCGUCGCAACCGUCUCAGCCGCAACCGGUCCAACCAGCGCCAGCAGGCCGCUCGCCGUCGCCAGCGCCGCAACAAUCAGCGUCGCAACCGCCGCAGAGGCAGUCGCCGCGGCUAG